CGCUCCAGAUGCUCUAUUUUCUCGGCGGGCACGCGGCCACUGCCCUGCGGGGAGAGGGAUGGAGUGCCGGUCCCCUGCCCCGCCGCCUGGACCUUUCCCUGUGGGCCCGCUUUGGAAGCAAAGCCUCGGCACCGAUCCGGCGCAGCCCGAAAACGUACCGACACCGCCCGUGCCCACAUUUCUUUGCUUCUCGACCGCCGUAGUGACGAGAGGCGGAGCGAUGCGCACGAUACUGACGACAUUAGAGUGCGCCGCGGUUGCCGUCGCAGCAGCCGCCAUCGCCAUGAACAGCGUCGGAGAGGCUUGUACUGAUAUGAAGCGCGAAUACGAUCAAUGCUUCAAUCGCUGGUUUGCCGAGAAGUUCCUCAAAGGGGACGGCUCCGGAGACCCGUGCACCGACCUCUUCAAACGCUACCAACAGUGUGUACAGAAAGCAAUAAAGGAGAAAGAGAUUCCUAUAGAAGGACUGGAGUUCAUGGGCCAUGGCAAAGAAAAGCCUGAAAACUCCUCUUGACCUGCCUGUCACUUGGAAGAUGUCGGUAAAUUGAGAGGCCUCUGGAUUUUGUCAGCUAAGGCAGUGAAGCCAGCCAUGGGAUUCGAGGAGUUUAAGAGGAGAUUUUGUUUCUUCUUCUUAGUAUUCUCCUCUCACUUCUAAAAGAGCAGCUCUCACUUUUGCUUUGAGACAAUCUCACUUUUGCUGGCAUCUUGCAGGAUCUCCGUGUGCUACAGUGAAACAGCUUCUUGGGGUUUUGGUUACAAUACAUGGUUUGGAAUCAGCUUUAACUAAUCUUGAAUGUAAAUAAUGAUAAACUGGUCACGAUCAAGGUUGCCCGACGGAGCUUUGCUGCAGAAGGACUACCCGGGAGUCACUAUUCAUGAGCACAGUUGGUCGGGACCGCCUUUCCCUCUCGGGAGCUACUGCUCUGAAAGGGAUCCAAACACAACAGCGUCAGUCCCUGCUGCUGGCGGCCUAGGUUAGCGAAGUAGGAGACAGCUUUACUCAGCUCCUGCCUUAACGAGGUGUAGGAACAACAAGUGAAAGCUUCAGAAAUGACAUAAACAUCACUUUGGAGCUCACAGUGCUGCUCAUAGCUCCGGCACCUGGAGUGGCUGUGGAAGAAUCACCUACAUUUCAGCUUUGCUAUGACCAACUUUCAGCUCCAUGAUUAAUGUCAGUCUGCACAUCAUAUAAAAGGCAUCUGGCUAAGUGGGGGAAAGGUGCUUACUUGUUUGCCUACCGUGCCCUAAGUCUGUAAUCAUGAAAAUGGAAUAAAUUCUAAAAUUCGGAUUUAA